UCUUGUGGUGAUGAUUAAGUUCUCUCAUCACUGCCGCCUGAGGUCGUAUCCGGGUCAGGGAACGCAAAUUCUUAAGCCUGUUUGGUCAAGUGUUGUUCAAUAUUGACCAUGCUGUGGGUUGACUUCCUGGUUGGGUUCCUCUCUUAAUACACAUCUACCUGGAAUCAAAAGAUAGACUUUUAUUUUGAAGGGGCAGCAGCGGUGAUCUGUCGCCUUAAAUAUUUGUGGCGCAAGGAAUCCGAGGCAAUAGAUUUCUUUUUUCCUUAUUGCCAUUCAGUAAGAGACUCGAUCGGUUAUCGUAAAUCUUCCUGAAUUUGGAACGAAUGUGUGAAUCCUCGAGGGGGGACGCCCUGAUCACUACUUUAGUGGACCAAAACACCAUCCAUGCAAUCUUCGUGUCCGGUUGGAGUCGUCUCGUGCACGUUGAAGCUUCACUGGCUAGCUUAGCCUCGAUUGCUUACAAAGAGACGCGUUUGUGAUCAACACUUCUCUCAGCAGAAAUCAAGCCUGAAGAAAAGUCUUGUCCUUUUUUGCCACUGACUGCGCAGAAAGUGUUGUGAUCGUCCUGUGAAAAUGUGUGCAAGAACGUCAGAAAAAUACAAGGAAGAAGUUUGCGGACCAAAAAAGGAGGAGGAGCCACAACGUCAACUAUUGGACGCUGUGCUCAAUCUGCAGCCUCGAAUUGUCCUACGCAGAGCAGAAAUCUGUGAAAAUCUUCGAGAGUGGCAGCAGUCUGUUUCCUUUCUCAUCAAAGUGGAAGAAGAGCGUGAAAAGGUUCAACACAUCAAAGCGAAGGAGGAAGAGUUCCUCCACAUGAAAGAGGAAGAGGAGGAAAGAAUCAUCCAGCCUCCAUCCACUGGUGUUCAUUUGAAGAGUGAAGAUGAAGGUCAAAGUGAGGAGAGACGAGGGGCGGAGCCUCCAAGCAGGAACAGUUCAAGUGAUGGAGACCAUUAUGAAGGCUCACAAACAGACGAUGAUGAUGAUGAACAGGUGGAAAAUGAUAUGACAUGUCCCACUGCCAACCAAUGCUAUAAAUGUUCUCAGUGUAGGAAAACCUUUGCUUCUAAGAUCAAUUUCAAACAACACAUGAAAAGACACACAAGAAUCCAUUUUCUUAGCCGCUUAUCCUCACAAGGGUCGCGGGAGUGCUGGACCCUAUCCCAGCUGUCAGUGGGGAGGAGGCAGGGUACACCCUGAACUGGUUGCCAGCCAAUUGCAGCCCGGAUAGAGACAAACAGCCGCGCUCACAAUCACACCUAGGGGCAAUGUAGAGUAUCCAAUUAAUGUUGCAUGUUUUUGGGAUGUGGGAGGAAAACAGAGUGCUUGGAGAAAACCUACGCACACACAGGUAGAACAUGCAAACUCCACACAGGUGGGUCCGGGAUUGAACCCAGGACCUCAGAAAUGUGAGGCCAACGCUUUCCAGCUGAUCCACCGUGCUGCCUUUAUCCAUCCCAAUCCAUUUUUUUUUUUGUUCCACCUGAUUUCUACAAUGUAUAAAAUGAAAGUGAAUGAAAAAAAAAUUACUGAUUACGAUUUACUUCAUUGUACAGCACAAUCCUUUUCCCUCUUCAGUUGUGCCAGUGCUUUUAAUGUUGGAUUUUGUUGAUGAAAAAGGAGUGUAACCAAUUGCCCCAAAAUUCAUUAAUGUUCUUGAACAUGCAUGCAUUUCGUCCAAUGUGUGAAUGAUGUCAAUAUCAAAUGAGUGAAUAAUUGAUUGUAAUAGACUGGAAAGAAAAUCUUUGGUGGUAAUGUGUAUGUCAUACUUAAUAAAAUACACUUGAAACAGUGA